AUGGCUAUUGACGUACGUAAAUUAAGUAAUGGCUCAGGUUCAGUACGAUGUGUUUAUCAACAUGGACAUUUUUGUGUUCGUGUAUUUCAUCGUCUUAUGUCUUAUCCGGGUUAUACAUUAUUUCUAUUAUUUAUAAUAUAUUUACAAAUAAUGGAUAUUAUACUUUAUUUUAAAAUAUGUUCAAGAGGAUCAUUAGAUUUUACUUUAUCAAAUAAAAUAUUAAAUCAAACAAAUAAUCAAAAAUUAACUCAUACAAUACAUAUAUUUGAUCCAUUACCAAUAAAAAAAAUUAUGGUCCAACCAAUUAUUCAUUAUAUUCGUUCACCAUUAGCUGAAAGUAUACAAACGAAAUUACAUUUUACAUAUUAUUUUCCAUUUUUAUCAGCAAAUUUCAUAUCAUUGUUUCAUUGUUUUUUAUCAUUAGUGUCAAUAAAAUUUCUGUCAAGUGAAUCAUUAUGUCGACGUCAACUAGGUGUUAUUAUAUUUCAGGUUCGUACAUUUCUUGAUUGUCUCGAUGGUGUUAUUUAUCGUGCACAAACAAAUAAUAAACGUUUUAAAUCAUACUAUGGAUAUUUUGGUUAUUAUGUUGAUGCUAUUAGUGAUAUAUUAGGUGGUACAUGUCUUAUGAUAGGUUGUUUAUUUUAUUUUUAUAAACAACGACCAUUUCGUAGAAAAUUAUCAAUUCCAACACGUUCAAAUCGAUGUUUAAGUUCAUCAGCAAGUGAUGGAGGAAGUGACGAAAUUGAUUUAAUUAUAUUAAAUAUCGAUGAUGGUCAAUCAUUUUCGAAUAUUCAUUCAUCAUUAUCAAAAAAAAAUGAUACAAAUUCUAAUACACUUGAAACAAAACAAACUAUAUUUAUAACAUUAGCAUUAUUUGCAUUACGUUAUUCAUUAUCUGCUAUGUUUUGGGAUAGAAAUGUACAUGCUUAUGAAGACUUACUUGAUUCACCAGUGCAUUUACUAAAACAAAAAGCUUUACAAUCAAGUAUUCUACAUUCACCAUUAACUAUAUUGAUAUUUUAUUUAUGGAGAUAUUUAUGUGCACUUAGUAUUCAAGAUUAUCUUUUAUUUGCAAUUUUUAUUGAUCGAACUUGGGUUCAGCCACCUGCAAUCAAUAUCAAUGGACCAUCAAUCAAUGUCAGUGGUCCAACAACAACAGUCAAUGGUCCAGUAACAACAGUCAGUGGUCCAACAACAACAGUCAAUGGUCCAGCAACAACAGUCAGUGGUCCAACAACAACAGUCAAUGGUCCAGCAACAACAGUCAGUCCUUCUAUUAUCAACAAUCCAUCUAUUUCUAGCAAUCCAUCCUUGAAUAAAAAUCUACCGUACAAUCAUUUUCGUAUUCCUAAAAAUCCAAGUCAAGAACGUUCAUCUCAUGUGAUCUUAAAUAUGGGAGAAGAAACAAGUGCGUCAUCACAAUCAUCUGUGGUUAUAAAAGAUGGAAUAACAUUUAAGGUAGUUCAUAUUCUUGAAAUACAAGUAUUGCUAGCUAGUUUUAUGUCUUGUAUAAUUUUAGAUUUAUGUCAAUCUAAUGAUAUUGAUAAUUAUUCAUUAAUAGAAAAAGUUAUUUCAAAUGAUGGUGUUCAACUUCAACUCGAUCUUCGUUAUGAAAUUCAUUUUGAAAUUAUACAUGAAUUAUUAUGGAUAUUUUUACGUAAAUAUUAUCACCCUAAUGGACCUGUUGUAUGUCGAAAAGUAAUAUAUAGAAAAAGAACCUAA